GUCACGGACGCUGAAAAUGAAUAAACCUGCUGGAGAUGGUUUAUUAAUUUAAAUGGGAUUCGGCUGCCGGUGGAGUAAGCAGACACAGUCUGCUGUGUGAGAGAUAUAUCGACAUUGGGUUUUGUUCAGACGGAGGGAGUCAGAGACACUGUGCUGGUAUCGCGGCGCGAGGACACAUUUUCGUUUUAAACACGAGGAGUCACACACGGACAAUUAUGGGCUCAGCUCUUGACAUUCCUGCUCGUCGAUAGUUCCUUACUUGGAUUUUUGGAGACGUUUCGUGUUACGUCCAGCGCUGAAAGCGGGACUGCGGACGAUAUUCGCUCGUUGUUGCAUUUCAACCUCAUGCGGACUCUCGUGUGGACUUAUGCUGCAAUAGACACACGCAUCUGCGAGGACGAGCUUGCAUCCAACGUCGUGUCUAAAUGCGAGUUGUGUUUUUAUUUUGACGCGCGUGCGAGUGUUUAACAGUCACCGUAACUGAACAUGCCUGCUUGUGUUUCGUCGUCUGUAUCGCGAAUUUUGUUUUUGCGUUAAUUUUCCGGACUGCCUCGGGAAGAUAGCUGGCACUUCAUUUUUAAUUUGCAUGCAUCUUCACGAAGAAGAGGAGAGGGAAGAGAAAACGACAGAUAAACGGCCGAAGGACGUGAAGAAUGAAUGAGAUUCUGUGAAGAGCGGGAGGAAUCGCAGUAAGGUUCUUCAUCAGUGAGAGGGCGUGAGGGAAGGAGUGCCCCACAUCGAAGCGCCCGCUGACCCUCCUCCCCGCCGGCAGCCUUCGCUCCGUCCACAGCAUGGCUCUCUCUCUCUGGAUCCUCUUCUCCUGCACUGUCGCCCUCAGCAGCAUCGGUCCCUCUUCACAGGCAUUAAGUCGCUCUGCAAUGCCGUUUGGUCUGAUGAGGAGGGAGUUGGCAUGUGAGGGAUACCCCAUCGAGCUCCGCUGCCCCGGCAGUGAUGUCAUCAUGAUCGAGACAGCCAACUACGGCCGCACCGAUGACAAGAUCUGUGAUGCUGACCCCUUCCAGAUGGAAAAUGUACAGUGCUACCUGCCAGACGCUUUUAAAAUUAUGUCACUGAGGUGUAACAACCGGACUCAAUGUGUGGUGGUGGCUGGGUCUGAUGUUUUUCCGGACCCCUGCCCAGGGACCUACAAGUACCUGGAGAUCCAGUAUGAAUGUGUGCCAUACAUCUUUGUUUGUCCUGGGACUCUGUUAAGGGUGCAGGCAGCUAGUUUGCUGCAGGAGGCGGAGCAUCAGUCGGGGGCAUGGUGUAAGGAUCCCCUGCAGUCUGGUGACCGCCUUUAUGUCAUGCCCUGGACUCCGUACCGAACAGACAUGCUUUACGAGUAUGCAUCGUGGGAGGACUUCAAGCAGAAUAGAGCUACGACCACCUACAAGCUGCCAAAUCGCGUGGAUGGAACAGGCUUCGUCGUGUACGACGGGGCUGUGUUUUACAACAAGGAACGCACGCGCAACAUCGUGAAGUACGACCUGCGCACGCGCAUCAAGAGCGGAGAAGCCAUAGUCAAUAAUGCCAACUAUCAUGACACGUCGCCGUACCGAUGGGGGGGCAAAUCUGAUAUUGACCUUGCGGUGGAUGAAAACGGUCUAUGGGUUAUCUACGCAACAGAGGCUAACAACGGAAGGCUGGUGGUCAGUCAGGUUAACCCCUACACCCUGCGCUUUGAGGGAACCUGGGAGACGAGUUUCGAUAAGCGCCUGGCGUCAAACGCCUUCAUGGCGUGUGGCAUUCUGUACGCCGUGCGCUCCGUGUAUCAGGACGAUGACAGCGAGGCAGGUGGAGAUCUGCUGCUGUACGCCUACAACACCAACCGAGCGCGGGAGGAGCCCGUCGGCAUCCCCUUCCCCAACCCGUACCAGUACGUCUCAUCCGUAGACUACAACCCACGAGACAACCAACUGUACGUCUGGAAUAACUACAAUGUGCUCCGCUACCCCCUGGAAUUCGGCCCGCCGGACCCCACCGCUGGUCCACCGGUCACCGCACUGACGAGCAGUAGUACCACCACCGCUGCAAGACCCGUCACCUCCAGCUCCAUCCCCUCCACCAUGCGACCUUUGCCCCCCACUGCUCACCCGAUAGGGGCCAUCAACAAGGCGCCAGACCUGAGGCCCAUCACCGCCACUGUGCCGGUGACUCGCAGACCGCUGCGGGUACCACCCCAAGGCCCGGAGCUCCAGGGAUGCGAAGCCCGCGUGGCCCGAGGGGUGCAGUGGCCCGCCACCCAGAGAGCAGAGACCGUUGACAGGCCGUGUCCUAAGGGAUCGCUGGGAAUCGCCUCCUUCCAGUGUCUGUUGUCCCCUGUGAUGUGGAAUCCUCGUGGUCCGGAUCUGAGUAACUGCACCUCGCCAUGGGUCAACCAGGUGGCUCAGAAGAUAAAAAGCGGUGAGAACGCAGCAAACAUCGCCGCCGAGCUGGUGAACCACACGCAGGGCCGUAUUCACGCUGGUGAUGUCAGUUCUUCAGUCAGACUCAUCGAGCAGCUAUUGGAUAUAUUAGAUGCCCAGCUCCAGGCCCUCAGACCAGGGAAUAAAGAAUCCGCAGCCAGGAACUACAAUAAGUGGCAGAAGAGAGAACGGACCUGCCGGGCUUACGUUCAGGCGGUGGUGCAGACUGUGGAUAACCUCCUGCGUGCCGAGGCUUUAGAGUCAUGGCAGGACAUGAACAGCACCGAACAGGCUCACACCGCCACCAUGCUGCUGGACGUCAUGGAGAAAGGUGCCUUCCUGUUGGCCAACAACAUGUACAACAACCACUUCUCAGACCACGCUGCCAACGUUGAUCUGGAGGUGCGUGUACUGAACACAGAGACGGACUCUCAGGACUUGUUUUUCCCUCAGAACGGCCCGAGCGACAGCAGCAUCCAGCUCUCAGCGUCCACAUUCAAACAAUACAGCCGGAAUGGUCAGGUGAAAGUGGUCUUUGUUCUCUAUAAGAAUCUGGGUUCCUUUCUCUCCACCGAAAACGCCACCGUGAAGAUGGAGAUGGAGGCGGGGCCUGGCGGGCGGGGACUGGCGGUGAAUUCGCACGUCAUCGCCGCAUCCAUAAAUAAAGAGUCCAGUCGAGUGUUUCUGACCGAGCCUGUGGUGUUCACACUUAGACAUUUACAGCUUGAGAAUCAUUUCACCCCAAACUGUUCAUUCUGGAACUACUCGGAGCGUUCAAUGACGGGUCAGUGGUCGUCGCAGGGCUGUCGGCUGAUGGAAACUAACAGCACGCACACAACGUGCUCUUGUAGUCAUCUGACCAACUUUGCGGUGCUGAUGGUACACCACGAACCAGAUUAUCCUGGCAGGAUGCAUGAGUUGAUUCUCUUUGUGAUCACAUGGGUGGGAAUUGUCAUUUCUCUGGUGUGUCUUGCUAUCUGCAUCUCCACCUUCUGCUUCCUGCGAGGCCUGCAGACCGACCGCAACACCAUCCACAAGAACCUUUGCAUCAACCUCUUCAUCGCUGAGCUCCUCUUCCUCAUCGGGAUUGACAAGACGCAGUACCACAUCGCGUGCCCCAUUUUUGCAGGUCUGCUGCAUUUCUUCUUCCUGGCUGCGUUCUCCUGGAUGUGUUUGGAGGGUAUUCAGCUUUAUCUGAUGCUGGUGGAAGUCUUCGAGAGCGAGUACUCCCGAAAGAAAUACUACUACCUGUGUGGCUACUGCUUUCCCGCCCUGGUCGUGGGCAUCUCGGCAGCCAUCGACUACCGCAGCUACGGGACUAAGAAAGCGUGUUGGCUGAGGGUGGACAACUAUUUCAUCUGGAGCUUUAUUGGCCCUGUGUCCUUCAUUAUCAUGUUAAACCUGGUGUUUCUCAUGAUAACUCUUCACAAGAUGGUCCGUAACUCAUCCGCCCUCAAACCCGACUCCAGCCGUCUGGACAACAUCAAGUCCUGGGCUUUAGGAGCUAUCGCUCUGCUCUUCCUUUUGGGUCUGACGUGGGCCUUUGGUCUACUGUUCAUCAAUGAGAACACCGUCAUCAUGGCAUACCUCUUCACCACCUUCAACGCCUUCCAGGGCAUGUUCAUCUUCAUCUUCCACUGCGCUCUACAGAAAAAGGUGCAUAAGGAGUACAGCAAGUGCCUGCGUCAUUCAUACUGUUGCAGUCGCACCUCCACCACCAGCUCUCAUGGAUCUCUGAAGAACUCUGCCUUGCGUGCCAACAACCGCUACUAUACUGGCAGCCAGGCGCGCCAUGCAGCGGCACAUAGACAGAGUCGAAUUCGGCGCAUGUGGAAUGACACGGUGCGGAAACAGACGGAGUCGUCCUUCAUGGCCGGAGACCUAAACAGCACUCCCACCCUCAACCGCGCUACAAUGGGAAACCAUCUUCUAGCCAAUCCCGUGCUGCAGACCCGUGCAGGCACCUCCCCCUACAACACCCUGCUGGCCGAGACCUUUACUCCACCCUCACCUGGAGUCUUCAACUCCACCGGGACCUUUCGCGACCCGAAGAGCACGCUGUCGAACAAUCGAGAUCAUGGAGGCAUGGAGACUCUACCUCUUAAUGGCAACUUCAACAACAGCUAUUCCCUGCGGAGCGUGGGCGGCGUUGGUGGUCCCGCGGGCAGCUGCGAUUUCCUCGGAGGCGGUGGCGGUGACAGCCCUCCUCCGUUACUCAACCCGCGAGGUUCGGAAACUCUCGGUGGCAUACGGCGGAACCUCUCGGACGCUGCGGCGUUCGAGAAGAUGAUCAUAUCUGAAUUAGUGCACAACAAUCUGCGAGGGGGAGGGGCUGGGGGCGGAGACAGAACGUGCGGCAGUCUGGCCAGAGGACACGGCCACAUGGGCCGGAUCGGGGGCGUGGCCGAGCCGGCGAUUUGCCUAGAGGAUGACGGAGAUUUCUGUUCGAUGGAAGCGCGCCAACGCACGCCGCAGGACGUGGAGCUGCUCUACAAAGCUCUCGAGGAGCCCCUGCUGCUGCAGCGAGCACAGUCCGUGCUCUACCAGAGUGACCCCGAGGAGUCCGAAAGCUACACGGCUGACCUGACCGAGAGUUUGGGCCACAGCGGUCAAAGUGCGGCUGGCCAGGGCCACAACGGAGCCUCUGGUUCGCCUGCGCGGGACUCGCUCUACACCAGCAUCACUAAUCUGCGAGAUUCGCCCUACCCUGACAGCAGUCCAGAGCCGCUAGAGGUGGUUCCGCGCUCGGCCCAGCCCCCAGAGGAGCUCUACUACAGCUCUGGCCGGCCCGCCAUGGGCUCCCGCGGAGCCCCAAUGCAGACCUUCUACCAGGCUUCGCCCAGGAGACCUAGCACUGAAGCCCACCCCCCAGCCCCCGAGCCCCCCCACAGCGAAGGAGAUGGACAAAUGCAGUUGGUCACCAGCCUGUGACCACGAGGAAGAGGAGGAAGCGCAUCACAGGGUUUGACGCCAAGUGCCGACGAUGAUGGAUUCCUCUCCUGUCUCUGAUGCCCUUCCUAUGUCUGGUUGCCUUUUUUACACUUGCGUUUGUUUUGAAGCAAGAUGUAAAGGAAAGCCUGCACAGGGAGAGCGAGAGAGGUUCGUCUCCAUGGCAGCCAGCGUAACCGCUCGAACUCUCUCAUCAGCAUCGUUUUCUCUUUUGUAUGCGGACAUAUUUAAACAGCAAGUCCGACUAUUUGCCUUCUCUCAAUGGACCUUCGGCUCUCUAUUCCGAGAUCGCUCUCAACUGUGCCGUGCCCAGGCCUGUAUGUCUGUGUUUAUUUUACACACAGUAACUCCCAACCUUCUCUUUCUUUUGUCUCUAUCCAUCAUUAUUUGAUGAGAGCUGUUACGUGAGAAGAUGGGGGAACGCCAUUAUACUGCAACGUGACAAAAAAUCUCUCGGAAAGCUCUUCAGCGUUGCCAAAAAUAACCGUUUUUGAGCCAGAACACAAACUGGAACCUACACACAACACACUCUGUCUCACAGAAGUGCGUGUUACUGAACAUCAAGAGUAUGAACACACAUGCUCUCGGAGAAAAGAAAACAAGGACUUUUGUCGAGAAACAGGUAGCGGGAAGCUGCCACAGUGGAGUUGCCUUUAUUUCUCGCUCUGAACUCACUCGUCUGUAUAGAACAACCUCAGAGACGGGGAAGCGAGGGGGGGUUAAGACACAACCGCUCGACCACGGGACCUCUCAGAGCAAUGAACGAAACUUUGUCUGGGUUUUGUUCUGUCCUAUCUCAGAACCAAGGACGAGGGCGGAUGAAAGACUGGCCCUGAAUCACCGCCGGAUGUUUAGGUGGACUACACGCUGUUUCACCUAUGCGUUACUAUGGCUGGAGGAUUUUUUUUGCUAGCGCUCCAGCCGUUCUUCGAGUCUGUACAUACAAACCACACGAAAGUAAAAUCGAGUCUUAUACUCCUCUUCUGUACAUAGACGAUCAAAAGCAACAAAAAAAGUACGGAGUACUCACGAAAAAAUAAACCUUUCUUGUAACGCAACAGCGAUUGAAACGAGUCAACGAAUAAAGCUAUUUUGAAGUUUAAGACCUGAACGACAUGGCGAUCUCUCUCCUUCUUUCUCGCACUCUCUCCGGCGCUCGUUGCUCCUGCCCCGGAGCGCCGCAGAGCCAGAAAAUGUUAUUGUCUGCCAAGAGACUGUGAGAGAGAGCCGGAAAGACGGAAAGAGGAGGAUUUUACAUACAAACGAGAUCAGUUCUGGCACAAUUUUUAUGUAAGAUAACCCAUUACAUGUCGGUAACGUUUGACCUUCAACAUUCCCAGACAGGAAGUGCUUAAGGUGAACGCCAGGGGAACACACUGUGCCUCAGGGGUGCACCGGUGCAUUGUGGGUUGCCUGACAGCAGCCGUGAUGUAGCGCUGGUUAUGUUUUAUCUGGAAGAAUGGAUAUGGAUAUCAGAUGACUGAAUGAAUUUAGACGAAGUAAAAACGAACGCAUCGGGGACAUAUUCCCAAACAUUUCAGUCGCCAACCCUAGAUUGUAUUUGACUGUUUUUACACACCAAUAUCAACUGUUGUUUCUGAAACCAGUGUGAUGGUUGAUUUGCAAUUUGUAUGUCUACGUCUGAACGUCUGAAUGUGAACGUUCAGAUGCCUGUGAAUCAAAAGUACGUGUGCGUGUGUAUCUCAGAGGCUAUUUUUACUGGUUUAGAUCAACACGUAUUAGCUGAACAGGGAAGCAAAGUAAAUCUAUAUCUAUAUAAGAGCUCGGUAGAAGCUUCCAGACUUUGUUAAAGGUAUUUUAAACGUUGUUAUUUUGAAACGUAAAAAGUUAGCAUUCAGUGAGCGACGCGGACGUUUGACCAAUGAGACGCGGCCUCUGCGGGUUAUGCAAAUGAGCUCCGUAGCCUAUUGAACAAAAGAGAGGUAUUUAUGAGCGCUCCACCCUUCCUAAGAUCCGUUUCAUGUUUGAUGUUUUAUUUAUUAAUAUUUAUUUGUCUGUUUGAUUGUUUAUGCACAUAUUCAUUUAUUCAAGUGUGGUUUUCUUUCUACGGAGCAUGUGUGAGGAUGAUGAGAGAUGGGGAGCAGGGGCGAAUAUACAUGUUUAAUGUGAGUUAGCUAUAGAGGCCAGACGUCCGUGUGAAGCUAGGCUCCAGCGGGCUCGUUCCGAGGACAUGAACGGUCUGCUACACUCACUGUCAGAGGUGGAUAACAUUGUGCAUCCCGAAUCGACCGCCUGUCAUUCCAAACACCACCUGUUCUCUCUCCAGUCUCCACAAUGCGAGAAGUCAUUAUUUUUGACCUGUGUUUCAGGAAAAAUAUCAAAACCUUCUUGAAACAUGAUAAAUAUACUUGAGAAGCAAAACCGCUCGGUUUAAGACCUCUCGAACGGCUCUCUGGUGUACUUGAUACUGAUUGGUUUAUCUAAGUAUUGUGCGGUCAAAUAUUUUUGCAUAAUGGCUGUUGCUGUAAUAACCAUAGUUGACCGUUGUCCCGGCAACCAAUUCUUUGCAGUCUCUUCUGACAUAAUGAAAUCUUUUCAACUGUAUUCAUGUUUUAUGUCUAUUUAUGAAUUUAUUUAUACGGUAACUAGACAGAACAUUUUUUUCAAUCCUUGAAAUCCUUUCAGAGUGAUGCAAGAUUGUUGGACAAAUCCUGAUCAUCCUGUCUUUAUUAUUUACAAUGAUAACCACAUUAUUUCUCACUUCGUUUUCAGAGAUUUUGCUUCAUUACACCGUUAACAAAUGCUUUAAAUUAUCUUUUAUAUUUUAUGUGAAGCGCAAAUCUACAUUUACUCAUUUACAUUUAUGUGACUUGCGGUGCAUUCAGGGUAUCCCGUUUUAUCAGUACAGAAUGUGUGUAUCAAAACCACCAUGACCUUUGCACUCCACACCUAGCUACGGGAACAAAUCUAGUAAAAUUCGGUGUGGUUUAUGCUUUGCCAAUAAAAAAUAUUCAAGACUACAUCAAAAUCUUAUUCAGUAUUCUUGUGAUUGUCAUUUUUGCUUCUCAAUGUAUCUCCUAUGAUUUUCACAACGUGAAUGGUGAAAAACGUUUCAUGAAGUGCAUAUGGCUCUUCUGUAAGUCUUCUAAAGGGACAUUUGUGCAAUCCGUUACCUUGUGAAUAUGUUAAUUGACUUGUUUUGUGCAUUUCUUCCGGCCAGCGGGUGGUCAGUACACCCUGUCUUACAUUUAGUCACCGGCGUGUUCGCCAGCUCUGUUUUAUUUCUUGCUCUUCUUGCAGAAACGUUUCAUGUUGAUGAGUAAGACCAGCUUUGACUGGUCAGCAGGUUUGACCGUUUGAAUGUAUUGUCAUAACACAAUGUAAAACUGUCUUUCUAAGGUUAAGGUUCUCUCUAAACUCCUGAGUCAUGGCCCUCUGCUCACCUGGCCCAACACGCUGCUCUUUUACCCCAUUACCCUGCUGCAUUGGUUGCCGGGGGAACGGCUGUUUAUCUCCCAUCCCUCCCUGGAGACGCCCGACGUGCGUCACGUUUCGUGUCGCUUUCUCCCCUCGCUGGGUUUGUUUGCCAUCAUAUUUUCUCGCCUCCGUCGUUCCCCCACUUCCUCACCGAUCUGUUUUUACACGGCUUCCCGGCUAAGCAUUAAUGUGGGAAGAUUUGUUAUGUUAGUCAAGGGUUUGUUUACACGGGACUGAAGGGAUAAUGUAGUGCAGUGCUGAAUAUGGUGAUAAUGACAGUGAUUAUGCGCUGUAGUAAACCGCUAGACUAAAGCCCGCUCUGAGGGACUGCUACCACAUCCAAAAUCCCCAUACAACCCCUGAUUAUCAUAAUAAUACUAAGAGCUAUAAUCUAGCCGAGUCAAACCACCGUGAGCUCGCUCGCCGGGUCUCUCCUUUUGUCUUUCCUCCCCUCUCGCUCUUUGAGAGCACUCGGAUACGAUAUGAAAGAGUCGCCAUGUUCUGCUCUGCAUAUCGGCCUCAUUUUCUACACUUUGAAAUGGAGAGCUGGAGAGGUGAAGCACGGGUAGACACCGGAGGAGGGUUUUAUUCUGGAUUAUUUUUUGACAAAGACCCCAUGAAAUCACUUGACUGAGACUUUCUUUCCCACAUUGGGUUUUCUGUUGAACAUGUUGACGUAUCCAAGAGCCUUUAUUGUUCACAUUUUAAACAUGAAGUUUGAUUUAUUUUAUAUUUCUCAUUUGUGACAGGUGGCAUUUGCCAUUUACGCUUUAUCCAAAUGUUUUUUGAUCCAUAUUCAUGUUCCUUGGAAACUAGUUGAGCUACAGGAAAACUCAAUUCUUCAUUUUAUUGGACAAAAUGUUGGAAACGCCUUUGAGUGCAAGAUGAUGUCAUCAGUACCUCAGGUGCCUUAUCUUGACUUUUAAAAGGAGCUAAUGCUAGCAUACUAACAUACACAUAGCCUCAAAGUCAACAGACAUGAACUAAAGGGCCCAAAAGUCCAAUGUUGAUUUCAUGGGGUCUUUAAUAAUGGAACAAGCAAGGGGCCGAUCCAUCUGUAGAACAAUGUGAAUAACAGGUGUUCCCAUUCUGCUGGAAUCUGUUGAGUUCCGCGAGUACAGAUUCCACACAGGCCUGCGGACAGAGGAACUAUGAAAGUCCUCUAUCCGCACAGGUGCCAUCACAGCGGCCUGCGCUCCUGUGCUCUGACAGUCUGUCAGCCCGCCAUCAGUGCUGUCCUCAGCUGGGCCCUGGCACCAGAAAGCCAGUGUCAUGACCUCCUAUCAUGAGCUAUCCCCCUCUGUGGCACACAAGAGUCGCUUUAAGAGCCACAUGUUGACUUGAUGUUAAGCUAGUAGGAUAGAAAUAAUAAAGAGAGAGAGAGAUGACCAAGUCAUUCACUGCUGUCAAAACAACAUGAAUCAUCAGCCCUGCAGUGCACCCCACCACCUCCGCUGUACCAUGUCUGACAGCAAAGAGACCCCCUGGGGUUAUACAACAGUCACUGAGCGAUCAACACCUUCCAUUUUACACCAUCACAGCCACACAAGAAGCAAAGGAGAAACUUUGUCUGAACAAGACUCACUUACCUCUUUUCCACUGAAACCGUUGCUUGUGUCAGAGAUAUGUGAAACUUUCUCAGACCCGCUCACAUUUUCAUUGCCCUGAAAGCUGAAUGACAGGGCAUCGCAUGUCUGAAGUCAUUUACAUGCAUAUAAGUAAAGUUCAUAGCGAUUAAAGCAAUGAGGCAUAAGAACUUUGUGGCCACAUCUGUAGAAAAAUGAAUCUAACACAGUUUUGAGUGUAUUUGUUGCUUCUAUCAAUUGUGUCAACAGCAAUAUGAUAAAAACUAGCAAAAUUGUUAAAUGUAUUAGUAAAAGUUCUUCCACCAAGUAUUGUGACAGCAUCAUAAAGAACAUGUUGCAUUAAACAAAGUUUGACAACAGGUGUGUUUAAUGGCACAAAUGACAUCACACAAGGCUCGUCUAAUCAGAAAGUAUAUAAACAACGGCCACCUUAAAUGAUUUUAAUGUACAUCAUUUUGCAAAAUGUAAACAACUUCCUGUCUUAGUUUUGAAAGUCUAAAUUACAUCGACAGAAUAUUUAGGGCUGAAUUAAAAGGUCCAGUGUAUGAAUUUUGGCACCAUAUAGUGGUGAGUUCGCGAAUUGCAACCAGCGGCUCACUCCACCCCUUCACUUCAAAGCACUACGGUAGCUGACACAGUAGUAAGGUGUCGUCACAUGUUCGCCUAUUGAAAUAAGAUUUUCACGAAACUCACUCUGUAAAGCAGUUUGUCUGUUCAGGGCUACUGUAGAAUCAACAUGAUGAAUUCCAUAUAAGGGAAUUACUUAUAAGUAGUAUUAUUUUGUAUGUUGAUCGAAAUCUUACGUGAUAAAAACACCACAAUUCAUUAUGUAAGGUCUUUACACCUCCAGAGACAUAGUUAUGUGUGUUAGAUUUCUGUCAAUAGAUCUUUUUAAAAAAUUGACACACUGGACCUUCCAUUGUCAUACAGUUAAAUAAAGGCUAAAAACCGAAACAGGAAGUGCUUCCCCUAAAAGCACAAAUAUAUCUGGCUUACGUGUAUUUGACGUCUGCAUUUACAUCUGCAAGACAUCUACAAUACAUGGUUUGCUCAUCUGCAAUAAGUCUCUGAGAUGUCUGCUGUCAGACGUCACAUAGACAUCUUUGUUUCAUUGGUCCAGAACUGCCAAUGCCUUAAUAGUUCCACUCAGACUGGUCACCAUCUUCGUUCUCCGUGGAUAAGGGGUAACUGUCACAAAAAGGGUUGAAGCAGGCAAGAAACUUGACUCGACAUAUAAUCACUCUUAAAGUAGUGUUAUUCUGUUAUCGGUCUCUUGUUGUGCGUCUAUGCUAGAAACAGCACCUGUACCAUAGUUUUACAGUAGAUUUAAACCGUGACACCUCCCUUCUGAGGAGGUUUGUGCUGUUUCAUUCCCUCGUUGACCGGCUGCCAGUCAGUCUAAUACAACGUAUCGGUCGAGCAGGGUUAGACCAGAACACGGAUAUCUAGCUCCCAAAACAGUGUUCCUACAUUAAUCCUAAAUCAAAGACAUGCACACGGCCUUGACUGGGGGUUUUGUACUCUGUGGAGAACUUUCAAGAGGAUAUAAAGAUGGAAAGGGGAGGGAACUUUUGCAAGUUUAAGUUGUCCAAUUCUAAGAAACCUUUGGGUUGUUCUAGAGCCUUUUUCUUGGCAUGCCUUUCAAUGUUUGCAGAUUUAUGUUUGACCCACAGAGACAGGAUUGGGUUGGGCGAGCUCUCAGAAGGUGGAUAGGGUGUAAAUCGGUCUUCUAAAACAAUCACCCGUGAAUGUAUUAGACCUUCCUAGUUGAUGUGAUAUGGACUAUCAUAUAUAAUCGGUCAGUAUUAGACAUUGUAUAAGAUAAGAUAGAGGUGCAUUGAUGGAGAACACAUAAUGUAGUAACAAAGGCCAGUGUAAUGACCGGGUUAGGUGUCAAUGAAGCUACACAUGUUUUUAUCUGUUCUGAUCGUUUCAUUUUAUUUUAACCUCUGGAUUCUGACGCUUAGGUCACAUGUAACAGGUGGAUUACUUGUUUUUAUUAAAGGAUGAUAUGUGUUUUAUUUCUCACAGUCAAUGCUUUGACAGCUGUCUGGGCCAAAGGGGAUGGUUUUAUGUAAGCGUUUGCGUAAUUGCAGGUCAGUUGACCCUGUAUCAGCACAUAUUAAUAAAAAAUGACUAAAACUG